ACAGAUAUUUCAUUGCUGGAACUGCUGGUUAUUCUGUUGGAAAUUUGCAUAUCCCAGGGUACGACUUGCCAUGGGAAGAGAAAGAUGUUCCAUACCCUAGCAACAUGGCUAGUCCAUUAGAGAUUAUAGUUGAAGCUAGUAACGGUGCAUCCGAUUACGGCAACAAAUUUGGAGAACCACUAAUAACAGGAUUUGCUCGUUCUUUUGGAAUGAUAGAUAAUAUUGGGGAACGUCGUGAAUGGAUUAAACCCAUAAUGUUUAGCGGAGGCUUGGGUACAAUGGACACUGAUAUGUCACAGAAAGUUGCACCAGCAAAAGGUAUGGAAGUAAUAAAAAUUGGUGGUCCUGUAUACAGAANGGGGAAACCCUCUCAGGUGAAAUGCGGGCCACCGUUGAUAGUGAAUCCUGUAGGCAUACAGAUGGUUCAGCGCGGAUUGAAAUCACGAGAGUUCGUGAUCCGGGCUUUGGAACGAUUCAAGUGGCCAUCGGGCUCGCCGGGUUUAUAA